AAGAAGGGGGGGUUCCUUCUCAGUGAGAGCAAAUCGCUUUGGAGCCAAACAAGCGUGCUAAAGGCCAUUCAGCAUAAAGUUAUAAUUCAGGUUCUCUACCCUCAUAUUGGAUGGCCAUUAUACCAUGUGGAAGUACAUUUGUUGCCCAGUGGCAUAUUCGUCCUCAGUUGACUACACGAUCUUAUGUCCCAAACCGAAUAAUGACAGCCAGAUUGGGAGUCACAAGUACAAUGAGUUAUUUGAGAGCCUCAAAUUCAGGCUUAUUUGCACGUGAUUCCUUACCGUUAUUAUCCUUUGUGAGGCCAUCUCAAACAUCACAUCAUUGUAGGGGAGCACGGUUCAUUGUUAGAGCUGAAACUGAUUAUUAUACUGUCCUUGGGGUGUCAAGAAAUGCAAGUAAAUCUGAAAUUAAAAGUGCUUAUCGUAAGCUUGCUCGAAGUUAUCAUCCAGAUGUGAACAAAGAUCCUGGGGCAGAGACGAAGUUCAAGGAAAUUAGCAAUGCAUAUGAGGUCUUGUCAGAUGAUGAGAAGCGAUCUCUGUAUGACAAAUAUGGGGAGGCUGGACUUAAAGGCGCUGGUAUGGGAAUGGGGGAUUUUAGCAAUCCUUUUGAUCUGUUUGAGUCGCUAUUCGAGGGCAUGGGGAGUAUGGGCGGCAUGGGCGGCAUGGGCAUGGGUGGACGAAGUUCCAGGAAUAGAGCUGUUGAUGGGCAGGAUGAAUAUUACAGUCUUGUAUUGAAUUUCAAGGAAGCAGUUUUUGGAGUUGAGAAAGAAAUUGAGAUAACCCGACUAGAAAGCUGUGGAACAUGCAAUGGUUCAGGUGCAAAACCUGGAACAACACCAUCCAAAUGUACCACAUGUGGUGGCCAAGGACAGGUUAUCUCAUCUGCAAGGACUCCAUUGGGUGUCUUCCAGCAGGUAAUGACAUGUUCUUCUUGUGGGGGGACGGGGGAAAUUUCUACCCCAUGCAAUACUUGUUCUGGUGAUGGGCGGGUAAGGAGAACGAAGAGGAUUAGUUUGAAAGUGCCAGCUGGUGUGGAUUCCGGUAGUCGUUUAAGGGUCCGGUCUGAAGGAAAUGCAGGAAGGAGAGGUGGGUCUGCUGGUGAUCUCUUUGUCGUCAUUGAAGUUAUCCCAGACCCUGUCCUCAAACGUGAUGAUACCAACAUAUUGUACACCUGCAAGGUGUCGUAUAUAGACGCAAUUCUGGGAACAACAAUCAAGGUUCCGACUGUUGAUGGUAUGGUUGAUUUGAAGAUUCCAGCCGGAACCCAGCCAAACACCACCCUAGUAAUGGCCAAGAAAGGUGUUCCUGUUCUAAAUAAAACCAACAUGAGGGGAGAUCAGUUGGUCCGCGUCCAAGUUGAAAUUCCGAAAAGAUUGAGCAGUGAAGAGAAGAAGCUUAUUGAGGAGCUUGCAGACUUGAGCAAGGGCAAGACAGCAAGCAGUAGGAGAUAGUUUUUGGGUCUUUUGUAUGUAUAGGACCAAUAUAGCACACUGUUAGCCCCAGAAACUAUAUUCACUGUCUAGUGUGUGCAGCUUCUGAAGUUGGAACUACUACACUGCAUGCGAAAACAAAUUUUGCAGUUCUGAAAUUGUUGAACUACGAAAUCUGAAAGUGGCUAAAAUUUGGAGUCGUAGGUAAGGUAAAGAUUAAAUUGUGAUAGCUUUGUCCCAUAUAAAUGAAUUUUCGAUGGAAGAGGAGAUGGAUGUUAUAAAA